AUGCCUUCCAAUGACUACGACAAAGAGCGCCUGCUCAACGAACAGGAUACCGAUUCGGAGCUGGACAAUGGCUUUGAAGAACACAACACGCGAUCGCGACGGGGUUCAUGGCAAGAGCGACCGUCAACAAGCUGGGAAACAUUAUCUAUUCUGAUCCUGACCAUCGUGAUCUCAAAUAUUUGCACUGGAGUCUUCGUCGUCAGCAAGUUGAAAAGCAAUUCCAACACAGGAAGCAACACUGCUGUGUUGCCAAAGGCCCACAAAGUUAACACCGAAGAGGAAGAUCCUCCAACAAUCCCGCGAGUUGAAGAAUUGCCAACAGCAUACACUCGGUUCAAAUGGUGGACAGCUUGGGGCAUGGAGGCUGGCGCGACAAACGACACGAAUCUCCCUUCCGCACAUGUCGCGGACGAACUGUGGGAAGGUGUCUUGCCUUCGCAUGGUUUGAUUGCGGUUGAUCGAUCAUGGGCCAAGGAGCAGCACUGGCCAGAGUCUAUGUACCUGCCCAAGGACGAACAUGGCAAGGAGAAAGGUGUCUAUCUCCUGGAAGGAUACCACAUGAUUCAUUGUCUGUCCAUCCUUCGUUUAAGCUUUACAGAGAGCAGGAGAGGGCUACCAUUGACUUGGCCGGUCGGGCAUACAACGCAUUGCUUCGAUGCUUUGAGACAGCAUAUUCAAUGCCAUGCUGAUAAUACUCCUCUGUAUACUUUUGGAGACUCUACGGCAGGCGAUUCACAACUUCGCAAGUGCAAGAGCUGGGAUGCUCUGCGAGAUUUCGCAACCGAGAACUCUGCGUGCUACAUGGACAGCACGAAGGAGAUCCCGUUGAGAGAUCACUUCGGGUACUGCGAAGACGGCAAGCCGUAUCAAGGCGGCCGAGAUGGCCUGCCAUAA